AAAUACUGGCAAAUAAAACCGAAGUAGGCUUCGCACAUCCCUUCGAAAAAAAGACUCCCGACAUAUUUUAUUUCGCCUGACCAAACGCCGCCGACGAACGCAAAAACGCGCGCACAUCUACAAGGACAACAACAAGGACCAUAGCCCAGGAAUACUAUAUUUUUGACCAGCUGUCGGAACAAUUAAAUCGAAGCUGUGAAAAUGGAUGACUCACGCGAAGAAAGCCAGUUCAUUGUGGACGACGUGAGCAAGACGAUUAAGGAGGCCAUCGAGACGACCAUCGGUGGCAAUGCCUAUCAGCACGACAAGGUGAACAACUGGACCGGCCAGGUGGUGGAGAACUGCCUCACUGUCCUUACCAAGGAGCAGAAGCCCUACAAGUACAUAGUGACCGCCAUGAUCAUGCAGAAGAAUGGGGCGGGAUUGCACACUGCCAGCUCCUGCUAUUGGAACAACGACACCGACGGAUCCUGCACUGUGCGCUGGGAGAACAAGACCAUGUACUGCAUCGUGUCGGUCUUCGGACUGGCCGUGUAGAGAGGAGCCUACGGAGGAUACUAGAAGGAUUCGGGACUCGAACUGAAGGAGGACUCCCGUCGCGGGGCAUCACCCGGGACUUGGGGAAUCAAUAAUAGCAACUAACUGAUAAGGGGGAGGGAUUAACAAGAUUGCCGUCGUACACACUCUACACAGAACUACACACACACACCCACUUUGAUCGGCCAUCCUGCUGCUAGGACAAAAUUAAUUAUGAUAAUACGCCGGAAAACAAUGUUGUUUCCAAGCAGCUGCCAGCAACUAUUAGUUGCCAGUGUGCGCGCCUAAUGUUAUUCUUGAUUUUCAAUCUAAAAACUAAAUAAAAAUGUCAAAAAGUGUAAUGAA